GGGGCGGCUCGGCGGCGGGUCUGCGGGCCCCAUGGGCGGGUGUGUGGGCUCCCACCACGACUCCUCGGGCAGCCUCAACGAGAACUCGGACGGCACCGGAGUGGCUCUUGGUCGGAACCAGCCCCUGAAGAAGGAGAAGCCCAAAUGGAAGAGCGAUUACCCCAUGACGGACGGGCAGCUCCGCAGUAAGAGGGAUGAAUUUUGGGACACAGCCCCAGCCUUUGAGGGCAGGAAGGAGAUUUGGGAUGCCCUCAAAGCUGCUGCCCACGCCUUUGAGAGCAACGACCACGAACUGGCACAAGCAAUCAUUGAUGGUGCAAACAUAACACUACCCCAUGGUGCUCUCACGGAGUGUUACGAUGAACUGGGCAACCGCUACCAGCUCCCUGUCUACUGCCUUGCCCCCCCCAUCAACAUGAUCGAGGAGAAGGGUGACCUGGAGACUCUGGACAUCCCUGAGCCCCCUCCCAACUCUGGGCACGAGUGCCAGCUCCGCCUGCGCCUGUCCACGGGCAAGGACCUGCGGCUGCUGGUGCGCAGCAUGGACACCGUGUACCACAUGAAGCGGCGGCUGCACGCCGUGGAGGGAGUGGAGCCGGGCAGCCAGCGCUGGUUCUUCUCUGGGAGACCCCUGGCAGACAAAAUGAAACUGGAGGAGCUGAAAAUCCCAAAGGACUACGUGGUGCAAGUCAUCGUGAGCCAGCCCUUAGCAAAUCCCACCCCGGUGGAAAACUGAGCGCUGCUCUCCUUUGGUUCUUCUCUGCUGCGUCUCCGUUCUGGGGUUUGGUUUUGCUGCCCUCUCUUCUUUCUGGGGUUGUCCUGCUCGUGAAUGGGUUGUGAGGAAUGACCAGCAAAAAAAAAAAUUCCAUCUGUGAUGGAGAUCUGCAAAAAUGUACAAAAGUAACCUGGCCUCUGGGGUUUGCCCGGUCUCGUACUGAACGCGACAGCGAGAGCGGCGGGGCAGGGCAAAGGAAGGGAAGGGAAAAGAGGGAGGGAAGAGGUUGUUCUUCACUUCAUGCAGAUGUGUAAUGGUCCUGGAACCGUCAGUGGUGUCCUGAUCCGCGAGGCCGGAGCAACAGAGAGCACUUUUAUUUAAGAAGCCCGCUUCAAACGGAAUCCGUGUUUCCAGUUCCGUGUCAGCAGCACACACAGUUCCUGCAGGAAGGAGCCCGGUGCUCACGGGGAUCCCUCGGGGUGGGCCCGGGCUCUGAUGAGGCACAGCCAGCCCUGGGCAGUGGAGCUGGGCUGGGCUUUGCUCUCUGGCAGCUCCUGGUGAUGCUCAGGCCCAGCAAUUGUACAUUCCAAGGUGGCAGUGCAGCCCUGUGCCACUGCCCCAGGCAAUAACAGCCCUGAGUGCUCUGUACUGUAAUUCACCUGCUCCAACACUGACUCAGCCUCAGCUCCUGCCUCGUGGGCACCUGAGUCUGUGCCUGCUGAAUUCCUGUCCCUCAGAUCCCAGAGGCUGUGCUGGGGUGGGUGCUGCUCUGUGCUGCAGCCCCUGAGUCCCACAGACCCCUGGGCCAGGUGACUCUGCUGCUCCUGCCAGGUGUGAUGGAUGGCAGCUCCCCUGGAGGCCUCCAGGCUUGGAGAUGCUGAGGAAGCAGCAGCACACAGUUGCCAGCUCUUGGGGUGUCACUGGGAGCUGGGGUGGCUCUCCAGGACAGCCUGGUGGCCUCAGCAGCACAGAGCGUGUCCCCAGGCAGUGCUGGCCCUGCAGAAUGUACCAGGGGCCCUGCAGCAGGUGACAAAUCCCUCUGUAGUCUCAGAGACCACACUGGGCUUGGGGGGUGCAGUUUGUUCCCCCACUGGAGCUGCUCUGCACCCCUGCCUCUGCUGGAGAUCAAGGCCCUGCUCUUUUAAUCAUCAUUUUUCUGUUUGCUUGGGGUUUAAGCCAUCAUUGAAAUCACUUCUUCCAAAGUCUAAUGUGCUCUUAAUAUGGGAAUAGCAGAUUAUUAUUUUUUUCCUGGUUUCUGUCUUCCCUCUGUGAAUUAAGUGAAGCUGGAGGAUUCCCUUGACAAUUUUAAACUUCUGCUCCCUCAGUAAUUCCAUAGAAAUGGAAUUGCUGGCACCCAGAAACUCCAAGGGAGUUCUUGCACCAGAGUCAGGAGGAGCAGGGACAUCCCAGCAGGUGGAAGCAGAAUUUCAUUGAUGGUUGGGAAUCAGAGCCACGUUUUCUUUGCAUUUCCCACCCCACCCAGCUGCAGCUUUUUUGAGCCCUCAUUUUGUAUCAAACCUGAGGGUUUCUGACAGCUCCACUGGCCCCACUUGGUCCAGGAUGCCUGAAAGGCAGAGCUGUAGGAAGGAAAAUGAGUUCCCUGUUCUCAUAAUCACCAAAGUGACUUGCUUUGCUUUUCUUUUUUCUUCCUUUUUUUUUUUCCCCUUUAUUUUUAAAGGUGAAAGUGAGCUGAUCAAUACUAACCUAGAACAAGUUUUCUAUCGUGGAGUUUUUUUAAAGCAAUUUUGAUUUACUGUACUUGAGGUUUUUUGCAGCCAAAUCUUUUGCAUUCCAGGGGAGGGGGAAAUAUUUGCUACAUAAACAAGUCAAAAAAUUUCUCUUGGGUUUUCUCUGGGCAAAGGAUGGGUUCAUGCCAGUUAGACACUUGUCUUAUAAGGCAUAAUUUAUCUGUCUGGAUAAAUGCUCUUUAUGGUGUCAUUUCCCUGCAGUCCCUCCUGGAAAAGGAGGAAAAUUCUGAUGGAUCUAGGAGGAGCAAACCUGGAGCUGUGAACACUAAAACACCACUAUUUUUUUUUCUUAUUUUUGUAGGAUCCUUUUUUUUUAUUAUUAUUUUUUCUAUUUUCAUUCAGGCAAUUUGUCACCAGGUGCUGGUUUUGAGGUGUUGGGGCUGGGAUUGCUCCUUCUUUGCCCCCUCUGAGCUGGAAGAGGCUCAGCUCUGUGACACUGUUCCACGUGAUCAUGGUUUAUGUGAAUUGCUUUCAUGGCAGGGAGGAAAGGUGAUGCUCUGAGGGCCGUGUUGUGAGUGGGUUCUGAGUAGAACAGAGACUUUGUCCAUGAAAAUUCCCUUUAACAGCCUCCCCCCUCCUUAAUCACAUAUCAAAACCUGAAAGAAUUCAAUGGUGAGAAGCUUUUAGAGGUGACACUGAAGAGUUUGACCCUCUCUGUGUAAAGUGACAGCACUACUGAGCACACACCCUGCAGAAACACAAUUUUACAAGAUUUCUAUUAGGAAAGAACUUUCAAUCUCAAAAUAUCUGUUAAAAAUAUCAGCAACAAGCUGUAAAGGCACAUGGCUGACAGGGCCACGUAUAGAACUGGAAACUGUGACAUAGCAGAGAACAUUUGUGUCUCAAAUGAUUGAGUUUGCCCUAAAAGUUGGGGUUUGGUGCAGAUUCCAGGGCAGGGGAGAAGGCUGAGAGUGUGGGGUGAGUUUUGGGGCAGAGGGGGUGUCCCCUGAGGGAGGGAAAUUGAUUUGAGUGGCUGAAGGGGCACUGAGCAGGGGCUCUCCUGUGGGGGCUGCUGGGGAGAGGAUGGACAGCCCAGGAGAGGGUGGAGAGCCCCAGGAGAGGGUGGAGAACCCCAGGAGAGGAUGGAGAGCCCCAGGAGAGGGUGGAGAGCCCCAGGAGAGGGUGGAGAACCCCAGGAGAGGAUGGAGAGCCCCAGGAGAGGAUGGAGAGCCCCAGGAGAGGGUGGAGAGCCCCAGGAGAGGGUGGAGACCCCCAGGAGAGGGUGGAGAACCCCAGGAGAGGGUGGAGAACCCUAGGAGAGGAUGGAGACCCCCAGGAGAGGAUGGAGAACCCCAGGAGAGGAUUGAGAGCCCCAGGAGAGGGUGGAGAGCCCCAGGAGAGGGUGGAGAGCCCCAGGACAGGGUGGAGAGCCCCAGGAGAGGGUGGAGACCCCCAGGAGAGGAUGGAGAGCCCCAGGAGAGGGUGGAGAACCCCAGGAGAGGGUGGAGAGCCCCAGGACAGGGUGGAGAGCCCCAGGAGAGGGUGGAGACCCCCAGGAGAGGAUGGAGAACCCCAGGAGAGGGUGGAGAACCCCAGGAGAGGGUGGAGAACCCCAGGAGAGGAUGGACAGCCCCAGGAGAGGAUGGAGAGCCCCAGGAGAGGGUGGAGAGCCCAAGAGAGGAUGGAGAACCCCAGGAGAGGAUGGAGACCCCCAGGAGAGCAUGGAGACCCCCAGGAGAGAAUGGAGAGCCUCAGGAGAGGAUGGACAGCCCAAGAGAGGGUGGAGAGCCCCAGGAGAGGAUGGAGAACCCCAGGAGAGGGUGGAGAGCCUCAGGAGGGGAUGGAAAACCUCAGGAGAGGAUGGAGAGCCCCAGGAGAGGAUGGAGAACCCCAGGAGAGGGUGGAGAGCCCCAGGAGAGGAUGGAGAGCCCCUGGAUUGCAGCAGGAGGGUGCUGGCAGCAUGUCCUGACUGGGGUUUCCCCCUGGGCUGCUCUCCCCACCCUCAGGCCCUGGGUGUAAAGGCUGGGACAGAAUUUAAUGCACACAAGCAGGGAGGAAUCAGUUUGGGAUUUUUGAAUUCCCCCUCUCAGCCCUCUGUGCCAUUCCUGCUCAGCUCUGGCUGGGAACUGAUGCCAGGAGAGCCUUUUUUACCCUGUCAGUGACAGCUCUGUUUGACACAGCUCAGAUUUUUCUACUUUUGUCACUUCUGCCUGAGCCAGAAGUAACAACCCAGUGAAAGUCACACUCCUGAAGAGCUUGAAGGGCAGAGAGGCACAAACCCCUGAGCCUGCCAGGGCCAGGGAGCCCCAAAAAGCCCCAGGUGUGCUGCAGGUCCAUUUGGGGCACUGCAGAAGGAUGCUCAGGGUCUUCUUCCCCACCCCAGUGACAGCUGCUCCUUCAGAGCCCCCCAAAUGUCCCGUGGCAGGUUUUGGGGUCCCUCCCACAAGGCACAGCUUGGGAUCCAUUUUCUGGGAGCCUUUGCUUCUCUGGAGCUGGGGAGUAGUUUGGAAAAUGAAUUGGUGGUGUGAUAAGUUGGGUUUUUAAUAGACACCCUAAAUUUGGGGUGUAGCAACACCAAAAAACCUCAGCCCAGGAGCAACCAAACCAACCCCAGCUUUUCUUUGCCUUCCACAGAAAGUUUGGGAAGGAAAGAAGGAAUCUUUGGAGCAACUGUGCAUAAUGUUUGGUGAAGGUCAAUGAUAACUUGAUAAAAUAUUGCUGUAGUGUGAUGUGCUUCUGCAUAUAUAUCCAUUGCUAGUAAAUAAUGUAAAAUCUUUUUCUUUUUUUUUUUUUUUUUUUUGAAAGUAUUAAAACUACAAAAAUACUCUUUGUUACAAUGGUGGGAUGCUUUUAGCCAUGGAGUUCUGGAAGCAUUUUUGCUGUGUAGGUGUUGACAAAGUGAAUGCUGAAUGUUUCUCCAUGUCUGUGAUGCUUCAGAAAUGGAAGGGGCAGCUGCAUUUCUGGCUCUGGAGCUCUCUUUUCCAAACUUUUCCAUGUUCCUGUACAGACAUCUGAGACCCUGCACCUUAUGCAGAGAAUGUUUACAUUUAAGAAAAAAAGGAAUUUUUCUUUUUUUGGCUUUUUCCCUGUGCUGCUCAGAUCCUGUUACUUUGAAAUGAAAGUAGUCUCUGUUAAAAAAGGGGGCUUUUUUGGAGGUUUUUUUUUUGGUUUGUUUGUUUGGUUUUUUUUUGCCUUUGCCCUUCCCUGUAAUCAAAUCCCUCCUGGAUUGUGGCUGGAAGCUCUGGGACAGCUUGGACUUUUCUGGGGUGGGAUUAGAGGUGCUUGAGAAAGGUGUUUUUAUAAAACCCUGCCUUGGCUGUGGGGAUGAGCUUUGUCCACGCUGCAGCUUCCCUGGAAAGCAGCAAACCCUGCUCCAAAGCCCUGGAUGUGUGACCCUGGCAGAUUCCCUGGGAAGCCUCGGGGGUGGAAUUCCCAGCACCCCCCAAAGGAUGAAUGUCCUGCUGUUCCCUCUGCAGCCACAAACACUCGUGCUGGUUUGGGUGCACAGGUCUGCUCCAGGAUUUCCCUUCCCAGGAGUUCUUUGGGAUCACUGUGGGUGCCUCUCCUCUCCCAGAUUCCACCUGUGGGGAUGGACUUGGAGCUCUCCUUCCCGAGGGGGACACUUCACUGAGCCUACAGCAGGCAGGCAGCUGGAAAAUGAGAUCUUUUAACCAAAAGGCUCCUCCAAGUGGACUUUGAGACUUUUACCCAACUGUCUGCUGGAUUUCCCAUGGAGAAUUUGCCCCAACCCUCCGAGCAGGGGUCGGUCCAGGGGAACUCUGGAUUUGUACAUUUUCCAUGUGGAGACCACUCAGCCAGAGCCAUGGGGCAAAGAGACAACUUCAGAUCCUGACUCCUGCCUUAAAACCUCUCGUCCAUCCUGAGCUCCAGCAAGUCCUGCACCUGCUCACUCCCAGGUCCCUUUUUUUUCCUGUCAGGAAAUCGAAAUCUGCUCCAAAGGCUGGAGACAGCUCAAGGCAAUGGAAGACAAAAGGAACUGGAGCUGCUGGCUCUAUGAAAACAACAAACUGGUCUUGGCUUAAAACCCCUAUUUGUGCCUCUCAAGUCCAGGGAAUGUUUCAAAAGAGGCGGAUUUGAGCAACGCCGGCCAGGACUGCGCUGGUGGCACUUGGUGACACCUGGUGGCACUUGGUGACACUUUGCUCCCGUGUGCUCUGAGCAAGGGACUCGGCUCUGAGUCCUCUCUGCCUCAUGGGAAUGGCUUUCAAAGAUGGCUGGUACCAUCAAAUUUGUACUUCUUGAAUAAAUACCUUCAUUUUUAUGGU